AUGAAGAUGCUAACCAAAUUCGAAUCCAAGUCUUCUAAGGCUAAGGGUGUAGCAUUCCAUCCUAAAAGGCCUUGGAUACUUGUUUCGCUGCACUCGUCGACGAUCCAAUUAUGGGAUUACCGAAUGGGUACGUUAAUUGAUCGUUUUGAAGAUCACGACGGCCCUGUAAGAGGUGUCGACUUCCAUCCUACUCAACCAUACUUCGUUUCAGGAGGUGAUGACUAUUCUAUUAAGGUGUGGAGUCUGCAAACCAGGAAAUGUCUGUUUACACUUUCUGGACACCUGGAUUACGUGAGAACUGUCUUUUUCCACUAUGAUUUACCAUGGAUCGUGUCUGCAUCCGACGAUCAAACCAUUAGAAUCUGGAAUUGGCAAAAUCGCCAGGAGAUUGCUUGCUUGACUGGUCAUAAUCACUAUGUUAUGUCUGCCAAAUUUCAUCCAUCAGAAGAUUUGAUUGUUAGCGCAUCUCUGGAUCAAACAGUUCGUGUGUGGGAUAUUACAGGUCUGAGAAAGAAGCACAGUGCACCUGCCAACAUGAGAAACACUUAUGAAGAUCAAUUUGCUAGACAAAAUAUGCCUCAGCAAGAUAUCUUUGGCAACACCGAUGCUAUGGUCAAGUAUGUUUUGGAAGGUCAUGAUAAAGGUGUCAAUUGGGCUGACUUCCACCCAACUUUGCCCCUGAUUGUUUCUGGUGCUGAUGAUAGAUUAGUGAAAAUAUGGAGAAUGAGUGAACACAAGGCUUGGGAAGUUGAUACCUGUAGAGGUCAUACCAACAACGUUCCAUGUGUUUUGUUCCAUCCAACACAGGAUUUGAUUAUUUCAGUUGGUGAAGACAAAACCAUCCGAACUUGGGACUUGAAUAAACGUACACCGGUAAAACAAUUCAAGCGUGACAAUGAUAGAUUUUGGCUGAUAGCAGCGCACCCCGAAAUCAAUUUAUUCGCAACAUGUCAUGAUUCUGGUGUCAUGGUGUUCAAGCUUGACAGAGAAAGACCUGCUCACUCCGUUCACCAGGAUUCUCUCUAUUUUAUCAACAAUGAAAAGCAGGUCCAAGUUUAUGACUACCGUACCAAAAAGGUCAGCUUACCUAUGCUGUCUCUGAAAAAGAUUGGCAAACCAUGGACGAACUUCAAGACUUUGUCUUACAAUCCUGCUGAACAUUCAAUUUUGAUAACUACUGGAGACGCUGAUAACGCUUACUACGCAUUGGUUUCUUUGCCAAAGGAUGUUACUGGUGCUAUUGAACCAACCAACAUCCGUGAGGGAACUGCAAACUUUGCUUGUUUCAUUGCCCGUAACAGGUUUGUGACAUAUGUCAAGUCUACUAAAACUUUGGAAGUAUUAGAUUUGAACAACUCUGUCACUAAAUCGAUUAAAUUGGAUUACACUGUGAAAGAUGUAGUUUAUGCUGGACCGGGAACUGUACUUUUGUUAAGAUCCAACAGUGUAAUUCACUAUGACGUUCAACAAAGAAAAGAACUAGCAGAAAUUCAGGUGAACAAUGUCAAAUACGUUUCAUGGUCUGCUGAUAGUAGAUAUGUUGCUUUGCUUUCAAAGCACACCAUCACUAUUGCUACUAGGAAACUUGAACUCGUUACCUCUAUGCACGAGACAAUUAGAAUCAAAAGUGCUGAAUGGGAUGAAUCUGGAGUUCUGAUCUAUUCGACUCUUAACCACAUCAAGUACACACUACUGAAUGGGGACAACGGUAUCAUUAAAACUUUGGCUAGCACAUUAUACAUCACGAAAGUUCAGGGUAGAAGCUGUUUCUGCUUGAAUAGAAACGGUGAGGUAGAAGUUGCUACAAUUGAUCCAACAGAGUACCGAUUCAAGAAGGCUUUGGUAAACAAAAACUUUACUGAAGUAUUACGUAUCAUCAAGAACUCUAAUUUGGUUGGUCAAAAUAUUAUUGGAUAUCUUCAGAAAAAAGGUUAUCCAGAAAUUGCUUUACAAUUCGUACAGGACCCUCAGACUAGAUUUGAACUAUCUUUAGAAUGUGGAAACCUGGAUAUCGCCCUUGAGGAAGCAAAGAAAUUGAACAAUGCAGUUCCAUGGAGCAAACUUGGAAGAGAAGCUCUGGGCCAGUGCAAUGUUAAGAUUGUAGAACUAGUUUUCCAGCAAUUGAAACAAUUGGACAGAUUAUCCUUUUUUUAUCUAAUUACAGGUGAUAUUACGAAAUUAUCUAAGAUGUUACAAAUAUCUGAACACAGAGGUGAUCUCUCUGCAAUUGUCCAAAAUUCCAUAUACUUGAAUGAUAUUGAAAAGAGAAUCAAGGCCUACCUAGAAGGAGGCCUUGCACCAUUGGCCUAUGCUACUGCCAAAUCAAACGGCUUAGACGAACUUGCGUCUCAAAUAGCUGAAAGUUCUGGUAUUGCAGAGGCUAAUAUCAAGCUACCUUUUACAGAGAAAAAAUUUGUUUCUUUGCCGCAAGUUAAGAUCCCAAACGUUAAUGACUGGCCAUUGAAGCAAGCUCAGUUAUCAUUUUUUGAACAAGCCAUAUUGGGUCAAGUUGACGCUCUUGAAUUGAAAGACGAGUACCAAGAAGAAGCUCGCCUGGAGACAGCUCCUGUUGAUUCUUUUGGUGAGAUUGACUUUGAAGACGCCCAGGACCUUGAAGAAGAUGAUGGCUGGGAUCUCGGUGACGAAGACCUUGAUGUUGAUAUCGAUGAGGUUGAGGAAACUCUUGAUAGUGAAGAUGUUCCUAUUGUUGCUGGUGAAGUCGGAAACUGGUUAAAGAAUGGACGCACUGCUGCUGUUUAUGCCGCUGCUGGACAAUUUGACCGAGCAGCUCAAAUACUCAAUAAGCAGGUUGGUGUUGUCGAAUUUGAGCCUCUUCGUGAAAGGUUUUUGGAUGUUUAUCAAGCCUCCAAACUGUACUUAGCAGGUAACCAAGGAUUGGAUCCAAUUCCAAGUUUCAUCCGUGCUGAUACUGAAGAAGAUUCUGCUAGUGAAGUCCUUCCUUUUAUUCCAGGCUUGGAUACUUUAGAAUUCAGACUUCAAGAAGGAUUCAAGCUUUUCCGUGCUGCUAAGCUUCAACAGGCUAUCGAGGAGUUCAGAACUAUAAUCUACACAGUUGUUCUUUCAACUGUUAAAACUCAAGAGGAGGAAGAAAAACUGUUUCAGGUUCUUCAAACUUGUCGUGAGUACAUUUUGGGACUUUCAAUCGAGCUUGCUCGUCGUCAAUUACCCCAAGAUCAAGUCAAACGUAGUCUCGAGUUAGCGGCCUAUUUUACCAGGGCAAAGUUACAACCUGCACACAGAGUGAGCGCUCUGCAAGUAGCAAUGACGCAGUCAUUCAAGCAUAAGAAUUUCAUUUCGGCAAGUUACUUCUCCGGGGAAUUUUUGAAGUUAGUUACUUCGGGUACCAGAGCCGAGCAAGCCCAGAAAAUCAAGCUAAAGUCGGAUCAGAUUGCUAACGAUAGCAUUGAGAUAGAUUUCGAUCCUUACGCAGAGUUUGACAUUUGUGCUGGAACGUUCACUCCAAUUUAUAAAGGUUCAAGAUUUGCAUCUGAGUCCUUAGUUGGUGCCAAGUACCAAGUCUCCGAGGAGGGAAAACUCUGCAGCAUCACAAAGAUUACCCAAAUAGGAGCUACGUCUUCAGGAUUGCGACUUCUUAAUUAG